CGCUCCGCCUUCCCGGGGGUGGGGUGUCGUCAUGGCGGCGGCGGGACGGCGGCGGGCGGCGGCGGCGCGGCGGAGCUGAGGAUGAUCUCGCGAUACGCGCGGAAGCCGGUGCCCCCCGGCGCUCUGGAGAUACAAGGACUUCCAAAACAUGCCUUGCGGCAUCAUCCACUGCCAGAACCGCGAGCUGAGGUGCGCCCAGCCACACUCACGGCUGAAAACUACGGCGAGAUCUCAAGGGAGUCUGAAAUCUGGAAGGAAUCAGAUUACCCUUCUGUUACUCCAGCUGAUGAUGGGAAUUCACGAUCCGCUAGUCAGAGUUACGUCGAUGCCACCACCGAAGACAGCUCAGUCUUCUCUUGGGGCUAUGAUGAAUUUGAUAAAGCUGCCACACAACAAGUUCAGCAAAUGUUCAGGCAAAUUGAUGAGCUCCUCUAUGAGCAGAGAGAAAAUGUGCAUGUUGAGGGACUGCGGGAAGAAUGCCACCAGUGGACAUCCAACUUUCCUCAUCUCAGGGUUGUGGGGAAGCAGAUAGUGAUCCCCACAGAUGAAGGGUAUGGAUGGUAUUCAAGUUCACCUUCUGGCAGUUUAGCUUCCUCAGAUGUAAGUUCACCACGAGAAAAAGAUUCUCAUGAAUUUAGUGUUUUUGGCAAGAAGGUACCUCUUUCUGUUACUCCCGUUCACAAAAAGGCCGACCGUUCCAAGUCUCCGACCUUGUGUUCUCCAGAGAGCGAAGAAGAUGAAGAUGGAGUAAUUGUCUCUGAAGGCAUAAUGGAGGAAUAUUUAGCAUUUGACUGCAGAGAUGUGGAGGAGGAGUUGCAUGAGAGGAAAAUGGGACUGUCCUCUGGUAGACGGAAAUUGGGGUUUCCGCCUAUCUCUCCGUAUUCCUGCAUGAAGGAUUCUGUGCUCACAUUUGUGUUUGAUGAUGUGUGGAGUGAAGUCCUAGGCUGCAUGGAAGAAUUGAUCUGCAGGCACUGGGAAGGGUCAGCCUCUGAUGAUGAGAAAAAUAUCAUAACAGUAGAAACGAUCAGAGCAGAUGCUGGAAGCCCUUUGCAGUUUGAUCCUCUGCCAGUGUUGUUACCUCCUGUGCCACAAACUAAAAUGCCCUCAGUGACAUCAAAUCUGUGCCCAAAAACCAGAUGUGGCCGCAAAAGCAAAAAAAGGAGAAAAACACCUCAAGUAAAUGUCUCUCAAGGGUCAAGUAGUGGCUCUCAACGUAAUCUAAAUGGCUUGAUGGUGAUACAUGGGAUCCACUUACAGCAAAGGAAUGUGCCUGUAAUGGAGAAAACACUCGACCUGGAUGACAAACGGCCAGGCUCCAGUUCCAUCCUCUCUACCAGAGCGCGGCCAAAUCAUCCUCUAGAGCUCAGCACAUCAUCCCUGUCACGUUCCACAAGAAGGCGAAACCCACCACCACGUACCCUGCAUCCCAUCAACACAAGUGACUCUCAUAUUGGCACCCCAGGGUCUGUGGACGAUGUCUUCAAGGGAACUCGACUCCUGACUGCACGGGAGCAGCUGACCUCACCCUCCUCGCUGCCACUAAGCCGAAAUAAUCUCCUACCACCUAUUUCUACCACCAGUGUGGCAGAGCACAUGAACACUGCAAGAUCCCAGAGGCAAACGAAAUCUCGAGGGAACAGAAGUCGAGCUCACAGCAUAACAACACAUGAAGAUACCCACCAGCAGCUACAGGAGCGGCUUUUCUUACCCGAUCAUUUCUCCAGACCUAACACAACCCACGCAUUCUUGCCUCCCUGUGAGCAGCUGGUGGUACUACACUUUUUCUGAAGAAUCCGUGUUUGAGAUGCUUGGAGAAAAAGCUAAGUGUUACUCUAGGUAUAACGUUCACUCUCUCAUCUGCACUGGUAAUCCAGCAUCUUCUGCGAAGGUUUGAGAAGAACUGUGGGGUAGGAGAGGGUGCUGUAAGGUUUUGCGUAAAACAGUAGGAAGUCAUUCCUGCAGCUGUAUUCAGAAAUGCAGGAGUAGAAUAGUCUUCCUUGCUUUCUUGCAUGAAUUUGCUGCACAUUUCAGUAUCAAAUGCUCUUGGUGUAAUUUAUUGAAAUACCUACUCUACUGCUGUCCUAUCUAACAAAAUAUUUUUAUCUAAGCUUUAAAAGCUAUAAUUUCAAUAAUAGCUUUUAAAUAGCUGCUUGAUUGGUUUCUGUGUAUAAUUUCAACAUCCUUUACUUAGCAGUUAUGAGUGUACAAACUUUCUAAAAUCUAUUUUGAAACAGAAGUUUCCAGAAGUGGUGAGAAUGAUUACUGGGCCAAUGAAAGACAUUCUAAGAAAGAGCAUUAUAAGGCGUAUUUUCUACUCCUAAAGUUGAUUUAACCCUCCUUAAACUUGUAAAAGCUCUACUCAGACCUUAAAUCAUAUGUAUUUCCUAACACAUAGCAGGAAAUAGUACUAGUAUUUUGUAGUUUGUAGCUGUAUUAUAAAUCUUGAUGUUUAAACUUUUCUUCAUGCAACCCUAA